UCACCACCAGUACGUAAACAAUGUCUCUACUCAAAACCAACAUUUUAUUUCUCUUAGCAAUUGCUCUUUUCUAUGGCUCUUUAGCCGAAGAUUUGCAACAAGAAUUCUUAGAGGCCCACAACGAAGCCCGGAGCGAGGUUGGGCUUGACCCAUUGGUUUGGGACGAUGAGGUCGCUGCUUAUGCCGCCAGCUAUGCAAACCAGAGGAUCAAUGAUUGUGCAUUGGUCCAUUCGAAUGGACCAUUUGGAGAGAACAUAGCUAUGAGUAGUGGAGAUAUGUCGGCUGAAGAUGCUGCGGAAAUGUGGAUCAACGAGAAACAGUACUACGAUUACAAUAGCAACACGUGUAAUGAUCCAAACGGUGGCACGUGUCUACAUUACACACAAGUUGUUUGGAGAAACACAGUUCGAUUGGGAUGUGCUAAAGUUGUGUGUAACAGUGGUGGCACUUUUAUCACAUGCAACUAUGAUCCUCCUGGUAAUUACAUUGGUGAAAACCCAUACUAAUUAAAAUAAUCUCAUGUCUUGUUAAUGAGGCAAAUUAAAAGAGAUAAUGAGUUGUUUGUUAGUUGUUACUGUCAUUUCUUAGCUGUACAGAGAAAGAUAUUAACAAUUUUUAAUAAUGAUGACAUCCACCU